AUGAAGCUCGGUUUUGUUAUUUUGUUCGUCAACGGCUUUGUUCGUUGUAUAAGUGCUGCAAAUGGUAAAAUAAAUGUUAUCAAUGAAGAUGAUUUGGUCAGCAUGGCAGUAACUGCACCCAAAAGCCCCGAAUUGCUGUCUCCUUCUUUUGAUGGUCUCCUCCCAUUUGAAUUUAGCAAUGAUUACGUCCAACAAUGGUCCCAAUUGAAAGAUGAUAACAAUAAUGAUGACAAAAAUCAAGACGAAGGAGGAGAUAACGAAGAAGGCGAUGAUUCGUCGAGACCCAAAAUUGAUAGUAGUGUCCCCUUGCAUUGUCAACGUGAUGAGUUUAUUAUUCAUUCAUUGGGUGAUUUGAAUUCAAUCAUUGAAUGUGAAACAAUUGUUGGUAAUGUUGUUAUAUCUGAAUUUGACUACCCUAUUAUCACAUUCACCAAUUUGGUUAAAAUCAAAGGUAAUUUAUCCAUUUACAAGUCGCCAGAAUUGGUUCGUAUUGAAAGCCCUCAAUUGCAAAGUAUCAGUGGACAAUUUCAAUUGUUUGAAUUGACGUCAUUGGCAUUGAUUAGUGUCCCCAGCUUGAAGCAAGUUCAAUCAUUGAAGUGGCAGAUUUUGCCCAUUUUGAGUAAUGUUCAAUUUAAUGCUGAAAUUAAAGGAAUUGAAAGUAUAACCAUUUCCGAUACUUCAUUGACUGGAUUUUCCGGAUUUGUUGCUAAUGAAUUGAAAAUUUUGGAUAUAAAUAAUAAUCGCUUUUUGGAUACGAUUGAUUGCAAUGUUGAAAAAGUGACGCAAUUGUUGCACGUUUCUGCCAAUUCCAACGAAAUUAAAGUUCAUUUACCCAAUUUGAAACAAGUUGAAGAGUUGAGCAUUCACAAUGUGGCUAUUUUGAAUUUAGGUAAUUUGGAAAGAGUUGGUAAAUCAAUGAGUUUGAGUAGUUCAUUGUUUCAGGCAUUAAAACUCUCCAAGUUGAAGUAUGUUGGUGGUACAUUGAAUUUGUCGAAAAAUUCCAAGUUGGAAGUUGUUGAAUUCCCCGAAUUGGAUGAAGUGGAUGGUGGAUUGAUGAUUAUCAAUAACAAUUUGGUUGAAAAAGUUAAUUUUUUACCCAAUUUAAAGAUUAUAGGCGGUGCUUUGGAGAUUGUGGGAAAGAUUACUGAAUUGACAUUUAAGAAUUUAAAAUUGGUUAAAGGUAGCGCAAUUGUGCGUUCAACCUCACCACUGUUUGAUUGUCGUAAAUGGACCAAACUGGAGAUUGGAUUGGUUGUUAGAGGCGGUAAAAUUGAGUGCACUAAUGCCAAUAAUGAAAAAGUUACCUCCAGAACCAAAGAAGAUGGUUCUGAAGCAAGUGAAGUGAAGAAUGAAGGAGAAGAAGGAGGAGAGGGAGAAGGAGAAGGACAACAUGUGGGACGGGAAAAGCCCAAUCAAGUUGAGGAAAAGUCAAGUAAUGGAUCCAAGAAUAAGACUCUGAGUUCCAAAAAUGACAAGUUUACGAAAUCAUCGUCAUCAUCGCCAUCAUCAUACAGCUGGAAUACAUUUUAUACAUUAUAUGUUGUCAUUUUCGCGGCUAUUGUCAAUUUGUCGAUAUUUAUUGACCUUGUUUGA